AUGUCCGAAGAACCUCAACGCCCGGACAUGUCCGAAGAAGUAUUUGAGGUUGCAAAACAACACUUUUUAAAACAAUUAGAAGCGACUAUAGAAGAACGAGAUAAUAUUCAAAAAAACACUUUGCAACAGAGCCAUAGUCAAGAUUGGAUUGAGCAAAGAAAAAAGAGACUGACAGCAUCAAUAUUUGGAAAAAUUUGUAAAAGAAAAAAUAAUAUUAGCUGUGCGCCACUAGUACAAGCAAUAGUUAGCUCAAAAGACUUAUCAUACAUAUCAUCUAUUGUAUACGGAAAAGCAAAUGAGGAAAAAGCAUUACUGCAGCUCUAG